CGUUUCACCCAAGUGACCCAAAUAAACAAAACUUUCAACCUGACAUUUGAAAAAAAAAAUGUUGAAACUUUCAAAACUCUUCAACCCGAUAUCGAAACACUUGCGAAAUUUGCAACCACGACUAUGCUUUUCUUCAGAUAGUGAAGUUCCAGUGUUUGACCACUUUUACGACUGUUUAGUGAUCGGUGCUGGCGGGGCCGGCCUUCGGGCCGCUUACGGCUUAACAGCCAAAGGUUUUAACACCGCCGUUGUGACAAAAAUUUUCCCGACUCGCUCCCACACCGUCUCGGCCCAAGGCGGCAUAAACGCAGCCCUAGGCAAUUAUGAGCCCGACAAGUGGUACUGGCAUUUUUUCGACACGGUCAAGGGCUCCGACUGGCUCGGAGACCAAGACGCCAUUCACUACAUGACCAAAAAUGCCCCAAGUGCAAUUCUAGAAUUGGAAAACGUGGGAAUGCCCUUUUCGCGAUUCAAGGACGGCAGAAUUUAUCAGAGGGCUUUCGGGGGCCAGUCUUUGGAAUGCGGGAAAGGGGGCCAGGCCCAUAGGACGUGUGCGGCCGCUGACAGUACGGGCCAGUUCAUGCUGCACACGUUGUAUGGACAAGCGGUCAAGUAUAAUUGUAAAUUUUUCGUCGAAUAUUUCGCCUUGGAUUUGAUAAUGGAUGACGAGCGGUGUUGUGGGGCGAUCACUUGGGAUUUGAGCAGUGGGACUUUCCACCGGUUUUUUGCAAGAAAUACUGUUAUAGCGACAGGGGGGUACGAAAGGGCGUACUUUUCCUGCACAACUGCGCACACUUCCACCGGGGACGGGACAGCCAUGGUGUCCCGAGCGGGGCUGCCCUUGCAGGACCUGGAGUUCGUCCAGUUCCAUCCCACAGGAAUUUACGGUGUUGGGGUGCUUGUGACCGAGGGCGCAAGGGGCGAAGGUGGCUACAUAACCAACAGCAAAGGGGAGCGUUUCAUGGAGCGAUACGCCCCUCAUGCCAAGGAUUUAGCCUCCAGAGACGUAGUCUCCAGAAGUUGCGCCAUGGAAAUCCUGGAAGGUCGAGGAGUAGGUCCCGAAAAAGACCACGUCCAUUUGGAACUAAUGCACUUGCCGCAUGAAUUAAUCAGAAAACAAUUACCGGGAAUUUCAAACUUAGUCGCCGGUUUUGUUGGCCGCGAUGUCACAAAAGAACCGAUUCCAAUUGUACCUACAGUUCACUAUAACAUGGGUGGGAUCCCUACGAAUUAUAAGGGUCAAGUCAUCACCCAAUCGCCGGAAAAAUGCGAGCAGUUGGUCACAGGACUUUACGCGUGCGGCGAAUGUGCUUGCGUUUCAGUCCACGGAGCGAACAGACUUGGCGCUAAUUCGUUACUCGAAACUGUUAUUUUUGGACGUGCUGUUGCCCAUGACAUUGGCGAGUGUAACAAACCGGGUGACGACAUCCCACAAGCUGAAGAUGUACGUUCUUUACGAAACCGUUCGCCUUUUUAUAAUUAUUUGCAGUGGAUGGGUGCAAGCGCUAUCGAUAAUUUAGAAAAACUGAAACGGCAAAAUGGCAAUCGUACCGUCGGCGAUUUGCGUCUAGAGUUACAAAAAACGAUGCAAAAAUUCGCCGGAGUGUUUCGCGAUCAAAAGUUACUGGAGGAAGGUUGUUUGAAAGUCGCCGAAUUAUAUAAGGAAAUAGAUAACAUAAAAGUUAACGACGACUCAAUGAUCUGGAAUUCAGAUCUUCUCGAAGCUUUGGAAUUACAAAAUUUGUUUAUUAAUGCCAUUCAAACGAUACGUGCCAUGGAGAUGAGGAAGGAAUCGCGGGGCGCGCACGCGAGGGACGAUUAUAAGGUAAGAAUAGACGAGUACGAUUACGCAAAACCGGUCGAAGGGCAGUCGAAAAAGUCGUUUGAGCAGCACUGGCGGAAGCAUACGUUAAGCUGGUUGGAAAUUGAGACCGGAAAAGUUUGUUUCACGUUCCGUCCCGUGAACGACAAGACGCUAGACGAGGACGAGUGCCCCCACGUGCCUCCGAUAAUCAGGGCGUACUGAAUAAGUAUCAAUAAUUAUGAAAAAAAUAUUUAUAUAAAUUAUACAAUUUUCCUGUACAACAGAAAAACAAAUCUGUACAGAACCAUUUGAAUCUUAAACAAUUCAAAUUUGUUGUUACUUGAAUAAAGGAAUUCGUAGCGAAAA